AUGAAUUCACACGAAGGAACUUCCAUAAAUAACAGAAGGAAUCGGUUUACUGAUAAGAACAGGUCAAGAGGAUUCAAACAUGGUGGCAAAGGCAAACCUUUUAACAGAAACUACAAGAAGAAAGAAUACAGACAUUCUGAGCAAUUGUCUGAAGAAGAUGUAGGAAUCAAUGAGUAUCUCAAUGACUCAGAAGGCUUCACUGGCAUUAUAAAAGCAAGAUAUUCUGAUUUCCAAGUUAAUGAAAUAGAUUUAGAUGGAAACAUGGCAAAACUCACAAACACGAGAAUUCCACCAGACUUUUUUCUCAAAAAAAUAAAGGUUGAUUUUAAGGAUGUUGAAGAAAGCCCAAGUCAGCACAUUCCUCAAGAAACUUGGGAAGGCAUCAGAAAAGUUGUCUUGUCAGAGGUCAACAUUGAACCUGUCUUGUUGGAGAUGGAUGGAGUGAGUAAAGAACAUAGAAAAGAAAUUCAUGAAUGUGUGAAAUGCCAUUUUGGGAAAAAAAUUAUUUCAUCAACUUUGGAUAGGGAGGGUAAACGAUUCAUGCAAUUCAAAAAAUAUAAUAAAGAAGAUGAACAGGAUACACGUUUACAAUGGCCAGAAGACAAAGGUGAAUAUGUGCAUUUCUUGGUCUACAAAGAGAACAUGAAUACUGCAGAUGCUUGUUUUGAGCUCAGCCAGGCCUUAAAAAUGAGCCCUUCAAAAUUCAACCAUGCUGGCAACAAGGACAGAAGAUCUAUAUCUACACAGUGGUUCAGUGUCAAAAAAGUGAUACCAUGGAAAUUGGCAAAAAGAACUGAACAUAUAAUGAAAUUGAAAAUUGGGAAUUAUGCAUUCAAAGAUCAUCCAUUGAAACUUGGGCAAUUGCAAGGUAACAAAUUCAGGAUAGCAUUGAGGAAUGUCACUGCAGAUGACUCUAUCUUAGAACAAGCUGUGAACCGACUGAAAGAUAAUGGUUUCAUCAAUUAUUAUGGCCUGCAGAGGUUUGGUAAUGACAAAGAAGUGCCUACAUUCAAAAUUGGGUUAAGUCUUCUGCAAGGAAAAUGGAAGGAGGCAAUCGAUCUUAUCCUGAAACCCAAAGCUUCUGAUGAUCCAUCAUCAGAUCAAGCAGACCUUGUGAGAGCCAAACAAAUCUAUGCUGAGACUGGGAAUGCAGCUGAAGCUUUUGAAGUUCUAGGUAAAAACAGAACACAAGACAUUGAAGCAAAACUCCUGGAAGGUCUCAAAAAAGGUCAUCAGAAUGAGUAUGUCAAUGCCUUAGAAAAUGUACCAAGAUCCAUGCGACUUCUUUACUUGCAUGCAUUCCAAAGCCUACUAUGGAAUCAGAUGGUUUCAAAACGCAUAAAAGUAUUUGGCAUGAAACCUGUGGAAGGAGAUCUAGUGAUAACGAAUGAAGUUAGCAUAGCAAUAGAAGAAGAUGAUGAUGAAGAAUCAUCUGAAAAUGAAGGACCUCAUGAAAUCAAAUGCAAGAAAGAAGUUAGAGCACUAAGUAGGGAUGACUUACCAAAUUAUACUUUAUAUGAUAUUGCACUACCCUUACCUGGAUAUGACAUAGUGUAUCCAGAUCACAUGAAGCAGUAUUACAAAGAAGCUUUGGAAGAAUAUGGUUUGAAUUUAGAAAUGACUAAACAAAAAGUGAAGACAUAUUCACUAUGUGGAGACUAUCGAAAAAUACUGGAGAGAGUGAAAGACUUUUCCUGGAAAGUCAUGAAAUACAAUCAUCCCAAUGAUCCCCUCAUUAGAUCAGAUUUUGAAGAAUUGAAGGGCUACGAAGAACGUCAAAGUAAAGAAGAUGGACAGUACAAGGCACUCGUUCUCGAAUUCAGUCUGUCUCCAUCUGGAUACGCUACUAUGGCCAUUCGAGACAUGAUGAAAACGAACACGUCCAGUUCUGCGAAUACGAAACUGAACGACUACCACGAAAAGAAGGUGGAAAAGCAGAAUCAUGCGUCGAAAAUGGACAAAAUGGAAAAGGAGGUCAUAGGGAAUGAAGAAGAAGAGGUAGAGGUGGAAAAGGCCCCUGCUAAUAGCCUGUUGGCAGACCCUCAAAAGUACGAGGAAUUCAAAAACAGCUUGUUCAGCAAUUUGGGCCAGCCGGAAAAACGCAGUAACGAAGAAGCUGAUCCACAAGAAGUUAACAAAAAACAGAAGACUGACGAAGAAGUCUCGAUCAAGUCUGCGGCGUCUUUGAUUUGA